CCUCACUGCCCUUCUCUUCUCCGAUGACUCCAGGGAAGGCCACGAACCUGCUCCUUACACUGUCGCCGUCGAGAUGGCGUGGUCUUCCAUACGCGUCGCCAACUCCCCCUCCCUCCUCUGCCUCCCACUGGCCCCUCUUCCCUCACCUCCUCCGACGUCUUCUUCUACCUCCAUCUCAGUCCCCUUGUCUCGCCGUUCUUCCUCGAUUCGUUCCAUCACCAGGUUGUCAAAGCGGGGCUCCUCUUUGGUGAUGGGCGCCUCCUCUUCGUCUUCCUUGGACGGCUUUAACGCGGAGGAAAUCACUUCCCUUACCGUUCUCAGGGCAGAUUCUGGAGAGUCCGUGCAAUUCAGGGACCUUUGGGAUCAGAACGACGGUGUGGCUGUCGUUGCACUUCUCAGGCAUUUUGGCUGUGUGUGCUGCUGGGAACUUGCAUCAGUGCUGAGAGAUGUGAAGCCAAGAUUUGACUCUGCUGGAGUGAAACUUAUAGCGGUUGGUGUUGGCACUCCUGAUAAAGCUCAAGUUUUAGCGGAAAAACUACCCUUCCCACUAGAUUGCCUUUAUGCUGAUCCUGAUCGCAAGGUAUACAAUGCUUUGGGACUCUAUUACGGUUUGAGCCGUACAUUCUUCAACCCAGCCAGUGCUAAGGUGUUCACAAGAUUUGACUCCAUCCAAAAAGCUUUGAAGAAUUACACAAUCUCUGCGACCCCUGAUGAUCGAAGCAGUGUAUUGCAGCAGGGUGGAAUGUUCAUUUUCAAGGGAAAGCAACUGAUAUACGCUAGAAAGGAUGAAGGUACCGGUGAUCAUGCUCCCUUAGAGGACAUUCUGAACCUCUGCUGCACCGCGCCUGCUGUAUGACAUUUUGCGUGUUUUACUAUCAUUGCUUAUGGCACAAUAAGGCGCUUUUAUGCUUUCUGCAAUUCUAGAUCAGGAUGAUCCGCUCUUGUUUUGGCUGAUUCAAGUUAUACUAGAUUGACCAGUAUAUACCAAAACAAGAACCUAUUUGUAAAAGAUGAUCCAAAAACCAUGAGAAACUAUUUUCUCAGACAGUAUGGAUAACUAUUUUGCUUCAUAAUCGAGCCAGAUCUGGAUCUUGAUGUGCAUA